GGCUGAGCGUGCGGGGAACCUGGAAGCCGGCAGCGGAGAUGUUCGGAGAUGAGAUCUGAACUGCACGUGUUUCCAUCAUUUUUCCCUGUCACAGCGUGUCACAUGUUCAAUUGCUGCGCAGGGAUUGGGCAGAGCGUGACAGAGCAAGGACGGGCUGGCUAAUGGGUGGAGGGCGAUAAGGGCGUCCCGACCCGGAGCAGUUGGCGUCGUAUCGCCCUCCGUCCACUCUUUCAUCUCUCUCUCCCUCAGUACAUGGCCCCGAAGCAGCCCUGCGCAAAGUACGAGUACGUCGUCACCCCCGCCGGCCCCAAGAUCCUCCCCGUCGCCGACGUGCACAACAAGGAUGAAGAGUCGCCCGCAGACUACAACGCUGGCGGGUAUCUUCAAAUCAAACUCAGAGAUACUUUCAAGGACGGACGCUAUGUCGUCCUCCGCAAACUCGGAUGGGGACACUUCUCGACCGUCUGGCUGGUCAAGGACAACCAUUCCGGUCGCCAUUCAGCAUUGAAGGUUGUCAAGUCUGCUGGGCGUUACGCUGAAACAGCGCGUGAUGAGAUCAAGUUGCUGAAACAAGUGCGGGAGGAAACGCCCGAGCAUCCAGGACGUGAUCAGGUUGUCUCCUUCCUCGACUCGUUUAACCAUCCUGGGCCAGAAGGCAUCCACGUGUGCAUGGUGUUCGAGCCACUCGGCGAGAACCUCCUUGCAUUGAUCGAACGCCACCGGAAGACGGGUGUGGCGCCGGCACUUGUGAAGGUAAUUGCGAGACAGGUCCUGCUUGGCCUGGAGUAUUUGCACGAUGAGUGUGACCUCGUUCACACAGACAUCAAGCCGGAGAACAUAAUGAUCGCCAUCCCUGACGUGGAAUUGCACAUUCAAGCCGAGCUAUCACGCUCGCCUUCUCCCACAUGUCGCAAGGUCGGUGUUCCCCGGAAGCAGCUGACUCGCACCGGCCUCGCAAUCCCCCGAGUUACCAUUGGUCGUGAGCGUGAACGACACGUCCAAAUCUUUGACUCGCAACCAUUGUCGAGCCCUUCGUCGUUGACGAGCUACAGUGCCGGUACGAGCCCCAAUCUGCGGCCGGUGCUGCAAAUGUCCCGGCUGGCCAGCACGCAGAGCAUCCACAGCAUAUUGGGCGUGGGUCUAAAGAGCAAGAUCAAGCAGACGUUGGCUUUGUCGUCGACCCAGCCGGACGGUUCACCUCCUGAGCUCUCGGAUGGUUCGACCGUCAGCACGGACUCGGUCUUGCCAGCGAGUCUCGCGACCUCGUUCGCGAACGACACAGCGGCGACGUCGAUGGCAAGCGUUACAAGUGAGGUGAACAAGUUGUUGAUCGAGACGCGUUCGUGUGCGUGCGGUUGCGCUUGCAUAUGGAGUGAAUCGACUGUGGAGAAGGAGAUCAAGUUGUUAGCAUCAUGUCCCACUGGGCAACAUGCCAAGCCGGCCAAUGGGCCGUCCCUCCUCUCGCAGACAGCUCCAUAUAACCUCCACAAUCGCAACGUCUCUCCCCUGUGCACACAUGGCUCGCGUUCUCCCUCACCACAAUCGACGCAACGUGCAUCGUCCCCCGCGCCGUCCCUGCUUCCGCAAUUACCGGUCUCGAUCAAGAUCGCCGACCUUGGGAACGCGACGCCCUCGCACAAGCACUACACUGAGGACAUCCAGACGCGGCAAUACCGCUCACCAGAGGUCAUCCUCGGGCGCACAGACUGGGGCCCUACGGCAGACGUCUGGAGCGCGGCGUGUAUGUUCUUCGAGCUGCUCACCGCGGAAUACCUCUUCGACCCGCAGAGCCAGGGCGGCGUCUUUGGGAAGGACGAUGACCACAUGGCGCAGAUCAUUGAGCUGCUGGGCGACAUCGAUGCGGAGGUGAAGUUUGGCGGGCGGUUUAGCCGCGAGCUUUUUGACAGCACGGGCGCGCUGCGGUAUAUUCGCGCCCUGAAGCCAUGGCCGCUCAAGCGUGUGAUGGUGGAGAAGUAUAGCUGGAAUGAGGAGGACGCGGAGGCGUUGUGCGAGUUCUUGGAGCCGAUGCUCGUUGUCGACCAUCGCAAGCGGACGCACGCACGCGACGUCAAAGACCACAAGUGGUUGGAGGUCGACUUGACAAGUCCCGAAUUCUUAGGCUGGUGAUGAUCACAUCUGCUUUCCCCUGAUCUAUUUUUUGGCUCUAUUGGGUUCCGUCGCCAGCCUGGAUUAAACUUUACGGUAAUCUAACGGUAUGCAAGGUAGUAUUUUCACAGCGGCGGUGUAACGACCGGCCGUCUCUAAUCACCACGCUCCUUCACUUCACAUUGUUGUUUUCAUGCCCCCAUUUCGACUCACUUCCCACCAUGUUGUGUCUUUAUCAUCAAUUUUCCGAACACUGCCUUCUUAUCCCGCAAGUUUGCACGAUAGACUAGACAGUUCUUCCGUCCAAUCCACACACUCGCAUACCCGCAUUCUACUUUUUGCCUUUCGUUGUUGUAUUUCUUUGGGCUUGUCGCGUGCAUUGGUUGCCUAUAUGUUACUAUCCGCUUUAUGCUUAAACUCACUGUCUCUGUAGUCAUGUAGAUCUCAUAGUAUCGAAUAAAUAUCAUCAUUCCUCCGCUCGAUG